AUGUCAUCAAGAAAACGCGGAAUGACACCCCCAAGAGAUGCUGUUCGCCGGAAAAGAUCUUUGGAAGAAGCAGAUGCGAUUGAAGUUGUCUGUCGAUUAUGCCCGUAUAAUGGAAAUACUCCAAGUUUAAUUGCAAUCGAUGAAACAACAGUUCAAACUGUUUUGCCACCAGCAAUUUAUCGGAGAGACGGAGCACCAAAUGUAGGUUUUAUAGUGGUUUUUUGAAGUACACAGAAAUAAUUAAUAUAUUUCAGGUCGAAAAAAUCUUCAGUUUUGGUCGCGUUUUCUCUGAAAAUGAUGGUCAACCAACAGUUUUUGAGAGAACUUCCAUAGAUCUCAUUUUGAAUCUUCUUCGUGGUCAAAAUUCACUUCUUUUCACAUAUGGAGUUACUGGGAGUGGAAAAACUUAUACAAUGACUGGAAAACCAACCGAGAAUGAUACUGGAUUGCUGCCGAGAACAUUGGAUGUUAUUUUUAAUAGCAUUGCAAAUCAAUUGGAAAAAUGUGUAUUUUAUCCAGUUGCUUUGAAUAGUUUCGAAAUUCGAAGUACUUUAGAUGCACAUUUGAAAAGAAGACAAUUGGAAAAUGAUAAAUUUCAUAUGUCUCGAGAAAUGAUAAGUGAUCGAUUCCACGAAGGUAUCAAAAUUGGGGGAUUCAAUGAGGAUUAUGUUUGUGCUGUAUUUGUUAGCUACGUCGAAAUUUACAAUAAUUAUUGUUAUGAUCUUUUGGAAGAAGCUAAAAAUGGAUCAUUGACAAAACGAGAAUUGAGACAUGAUAGAAAUCAACAAGUUUAUGUGGAUGGAGCAAAAGAUAUUGAAGUAUCAUCAAGUGAAGAAGCUUUGGAAGUUUUUUGUUUGGGAGAAGAAAGAAGACGAGUUAGCUCAACUUUGUUAAACAAAGAUUCAUCUCGAUCACAUUCUGUAUUCACAAUUAAACUUGUUAUGGCUCCAAGAUCUUAUGAAUCACAAACAGUUGCUCCAGUUAAAGAUUCUGCUCAAAUUGUUGUUUCUCAAUUAUGUUUAGUUGAUUUGGCUGGAAGUGAAAGAGCAAAAAGAACACAAAAUGUUGGAGAUCGAUUGGCUGAAGCAAAUAGUAUUAAUCAAAGUCUUAUGGUUUUAAGACAAUGUAUUGAUGUUUUGAGAAGAAAUCAGAAAACAGUUCAAACAUUUCCUGAACAAGUUCCAUAUCGACAAUCAAAAUUGACACAUUUAUUCAAAAAUUAUCUUGAAGGAAAUGGUAAAAUUCGAAUGGUUAUUUGUGUUAAUCCAAAACCAGAUGAUUAUGAUGAAAAUUUGAGCGCACUUGCAUUUGCUGAAGAAUCGCAAAAAGUCGAAGUCAAAAUUCAAGCGGAACGUGUUCAAACUGAUCGAAUUCCACAUGCAUUUUAUACACAAUGGAAUAGCGAAUUGGAAAAAGUAUCAAUGGAUAAUUUGUGUCGAAGUGAAACACCGUGUGCACCACCAUUAUAUUUAAGAGAUUAUAAUGAUACAAAUGGAGUUGAAGCAAUUCGAAGAUAUGUCACACAAUUGUCGAAUAUGACGGAUGGUGAAAAUUGUGAGUGAAAAUGAGAAGGGUUUUGAGGUUUGGAAAUAUAAUUUUAUUUUUUUCAGCAACUUCCAAAUUGUUAUCCACACUUCGCCAAUAUAUGAUGGAAGCUGAUCAUUUGAGAAUUGAAGUUGGAAAAUUCAAGGACACACUUGAUGCUAAAGAUCAGGAAAUUACAAAACUUCGAGGAUUUUGCUCAAAAUACAAGGUAUGUUUAUGGUAUUAAUUCUGGGACCUAUGAACUUGCUUUUGACUUUUUCGAAAUAGUUUAAUUUUUUGUGAAUAUGAUCAUUUCGAGAAAUGUUUCCAAAUCCUGCCCUGCUUUACACAUAUAAAACCUGUUCAUUUUUCAGCGUGAAAAAGAAUCGCUCAAAGAACGCAUUUUGAUGUAUGAGAAAAACGAUGAAGAAAAUCAAAUGGCGAUGGAAAAACUUCGCGAGCAAAAAUUGGAAGAUCAAAAAGUGAUAAAGUCGCAGAAAAAGGCGAUGAAAAUGGUUCAAGGAAUUGUGGAGAAUCCAUCACCAUCUGUUGCCACUUUGAGAUCGAAAUUCCAAGAUCAAGAAAAUUAUCCAAGUGCGCCACUUCAAACUCCUCCACCGCCGUAUCAAACACCUGGACGACAAGCUUUUAGAUCCGCAAAGAGAAAUGAGACCACGUCGAGCUCGGGGAUCUCGAGUACUCCUGGAAACCAAGGAUAUUUGAAUCCCAAAUAUCAACGAAGAUCAAAAUCCGCCUCCAGAUUAUUGGAUCAUCAACCGACUCAUCGGGUUCCGAUGGGAACAGUUUUUCAAACCAAAACUCCUACGAACGCCAUAAAAACGACUCGACCGGAAUUAAAGCAAUUGAAUAAAUCUGGUGAAUAUCGUCUAACUCACCAGGAAGUCGAUGAAGAUGGAAACAUUUCGACCAAUGUCGUGAAGGUUGGUUGAAUUUUGGGUGGUUUUUUUGGAAUGGCAUGUUUUAUUUUGAAAAUUUUGAUAUUUAUGAGUUUGAUUCGACGUGGCAAAUUUUUCAAUUUUUAAAGUUAUUUUAAGUUAUGACGUGGAAAAUCUGGCGAUCUACCUUUCAAAUAAAAUGCCGAUCGAAGUAAAAAUUUCAAAAGUCACAAAGUCUUGCAAGAUUCUGAAAAUUUUUUUUUAAUUCCACAAAUUCAUUUUUUGGCAAAUUCCCACGUCAUAGCUUAUUUUGAUUGAUUUGAAUUUAUGACACCGAAUUCCCAAACUUGAAUGUCAAAAUUUUCCAAUUUUUACUAACAUUUUGCACGUUGCACGUUAAUCAGUAUUUUAGAAAGCACUUUUGUUAACUCAAAAUUUGGAUGGAGAAAAAGAAGAAAAAGGAGAAGAAGAUGUCAGUUUAUUAGUCGAAAGACUUAUUGAGUAAAAUAGGUUUGAUUUUUUGUUCGUUUUCCAUUUCUCACCUUGUCUGUUUCUGCAUGUUUUUUGUGUCACAGUCACACCAUUCUUUUUCCACCCUGAACUCUAUUUUUAACUCAACAAUCUUUAUUUUUCAGGGUGAUGUAAUUCCAACUGCCGGCGGAGGAACUUCAGUGUUAUUUAAUGACAUUGAAAAAUUAUCACACGAAUCUCCUGCUCAAAAAUAG